UUCACCGUGGUGAGUCGUGACGUCAGUGAAGGGAAACAUACAAUGAGACUCGACAGUAUGCUCGUAUUUAUGAGCGUGGUGGUUAGUCAUAUAAUAUUCUCUCAAUCUAUGAUAGAGUACCCUGAAGAAGACAACCAACACGCUAAAGACUUGUUCUCUAAUUGGAGAAAACGUCACUCUAAAACAUACAAAAAUGGAUCAGUUGAGCAUAUCAAGUAUCAAACAUUUCUGGAGAACUUGAAGAUCGCCAAUCAACUCAACAGACUUGCUUCUAAAUACGACUCAGAAAUGCCGCCAACUUUCGGAUUAUCUCCCUAUGUGGAUCUCACCCCAAAAGAAUUCAAACAGCGCUUCUUAAACAGAUUCAUCCAAUCAAAUAUCAGCAGUAGGCGGACUUCUAAUCGGACUAAGUCUAGAAAACAGCGUGACACAAAUAGUGGAUCUGUUACUGGCUGCUUUGAUUGGUCAGAGGUCUAUGGCGUUGUUACGUCGGUGAAGGACCAAGGCUCUACUGGUGCAUGCUGGGCAAUCGCAGGAUGUGGAAACAUUGAGGGUCUUUGGGCUAUAAAAACCGGAAGUUCAAGCCCCGAUCUAUCUAGUCAAGCUGUUCUGGACUGUAACGGCAUAUUCCAAAACCAAGCCUUAGCAUGCGGUCCGACAGGAGGAAACCCAAUGGCUUUUUAUGAGUUUCUCGUGAAUGAAGGCGGAAUGUUGCAAGAGAGUGACUACCCCUUUUGUGUAGGUAAUGGAUCUUGUUCACCAUGUGCACCUCCAGGCUACAGCACUCUUCACUGCGGACCCUGGUUCACACCAAGCUGCAACGUGUCAGAGAGCUGCUCAGCCAAAUACAAUCGGUCCAAGUUUAUUCCAGGACUUAAAGUUGUGGAUUACGCCAUACUGAGUCAGAACGAGAAUAGUUUGGCUGCAGAUCUAAAAAACAUAGGGCCUCUGGUGGCGGCGCUACACGGCAGGGACCUUCAGCUUUAUACUGGAGGUGUGCUUCGAGCCCUGACUUGCAAUAAGUACAACUUAGACCAUGUAGUUCUCCUCACUGGGUACAAUAUCACCGAGAAUGGUGCCAGUUACUGGAUCGCCAAAAACUCCUGGGGGGCGAUGUGGGGAGAGAAAGGUUUCUUCAGGAUUUCAUUCGGCUCUGAGGCUUGUGGCAUCAAUAAGCUUUGUGCCACUGGAUUCCUGGCCUAGUGGAGCAAUGACCUUAGGUCGCUGAGAGUGUAACUAGCUCAAAUCGUCUCGAACUAUGAAAUUAUAGAACUCACGUCACGAUGUCUGGGUGAAUGCUAUAUGAAUUCAAUAAAGGAUUAAACAUUGA